GGAACUUUAUUGCUUUUAAUAGUGCCUCAAAUUUCCAUAGUAGCAUAAUGCCUUACAAUUCAAAUGUCUAGACCGUAUAUAAAUACAAAAAUACGGUCGUUGCACCUGGUUCUGUAUUUCGUUUCUAGGGGUAUAUGUAUGGAUUGGAUAAGCUUUAUUGGCAUCUUUCAGGUAUCCAUCCAUAGGUGAGACUUGGAGCGUAGGGAUAUGGAGCUAUUUCUGGAGCUAUUUUUGGAGCUCGACCAGCGAACAGCAACAUACUUCAGCCACAGGAUCAUAUCAUAUCUCGCGCAUGGAGAUUCGGACCCCAGUAAGCCCAGCGGAUGUAUCAGCCAGCGUAUCGAUACAUACAAGGAUUCGAUAAUCUAUCUUAGAGUUUCAUAUGCGAAUAGUGAAUAGACAAAUGUAUGCCGCUGUGUGUCUGACAUCAUUGCAGCUCCUGCCAUCUAUAUAACAACCCGUUCUGCCAGAGAUGUUUCAUCUACAAACGAGGAACAUUGGAACGAAUGCAAGGCGGUUCCUACAAACAUUAUCGGGCUUAGUCAACAGUCAUCAAUACCUCCCUGAUCAUGAAGCUCAAUCUGCUUUUCUUCUUAUUUUUUAUCCUCAGCCUUGCAUCUGCCUCUCCAGUAGCAGAGGCCGAUGAUCUGGAUGACCUUGAAGGCCUCUAUGAACGUGACUCGACUGUGGAGCACUUACAGCGCGAUCACACAUGCAAUCAGCAGGAGCGCCGGUGUGAGCCAGGCCGCUGGAACUCGAAGAGCUGCAAGUGCAGUGGCAAAUGGUGCGACCAAUUUGAUCCCCAUUGCAACAACUGGAACUGGAAUCAAUGCAAAUGCAUGAAAAAGUGCGAUGGGCCUGACCGCCGUUGCAAACCCGGGAACUGGGACUUGAGCAGCUGCAAGUGUAGGGGCAUAUGGUGCGACCAAUUCGAUCCCCAUUGCAAUAACUGGAACUGGAACCAGUGCAAGUGCAUGAAAAAGUGUGAUAGGCCUGACCGACGUUGCAAACCUGGGGAUUGGGACUGGAACAGCUGCCAUUGCAAAGGUAAAUGGUGUGACAACUAUGACUCUAACUGCAACAACUGGAACUGGAACCAGUGCAAAUGUAUGAAAAAGUGCGAUGGACCUGACCGCCGUUGCAAACCUGGGGACUGGGACUGGAACAGCUGCAAGUGUCGUGGCAAAUGGUGUAACAACUAUGACUCUAAUUGCAAGACAUGGAACUGGGAUACAUGUCAAUGCAAAAAGGUCUGUCGUCAAGCAGAUAAUAGCUGCAAACCGCAGGACUGGGACUGGAACAACUGUCGCUGCAAGGGCAAAAGGUGCGAUAACUUCCAGUCUAACUGCAAUAACUGGGACUGGGAUCAUUGCAAGUGCAGGCACAAGACCUAGAGCUGGUAUUCUCUGAACUACCAAGGACUGGAGGCGGAAAAAGCAUAUUUCGGUAUCUUUGUUAAGUUUCGCCGAUGUAUCUUAUUGGUUAAUCAUCUCUAUACGUGCACUAUGUGCUCCUAUUUGUAACUAUCAUACCAGAAUGUCACUUAUUAUUGGAGUAAAACAAACUAAUACCAUUGACCUAGGUCUC